GGAAAAUCUUCCUCCCAAUCUCCCUCCUCCCUCCCCUCCAAGAUUCUCCAGGGUUCGGAGAGUGAUCGCUGCCCAAAGAGGAUCCCUCCCAGAUUCCCAGGCAGCCCAGGUCCUCCCUCCACAGCCUGGGAGUCCGAGGCAUCGAAGCAGAGUCAUCUAUGACAUGAUUAUCUAAAUGAGGACAAUUGUAGCCCCCAACCAGUGAGGUCGGGGAAGGAGAGAAGAAAAAUAAGGAGAAGAAAAGAAGAAGGAAGGAAGAAGAGGAGGAGAGGACGGACCAACUCCCUGGGCUAGGGAAACAGGCUAUGUCUAGGCAGCCCAAGUUGGAGGAGGGCUUCUGACUUUUGGCAUUCCCAGUGGGGUUUUCCCCUCUUGCCUCUGAAGCAAGGGAAGAAGGUAAGGGGCAUCAGUUGCUCUAAGGAAUGAAAACUCUUACUCCUGGAACCCUCUCCUUCCUCUUCUUCUGGACCCUACAAGAGCAGGUCCUACUCAGGUUGGCUUCAGGGAAAGAGGAAGUCAAAUCUGCCUCCAAGAGCAUUCCUCAGCCCAUGUCACCCUCUGAUUUCCUGGACAAGCUCAUGGGACGGACUUCUGGGUAUGAUGCUAGGAUUCGGCCCAAUUUUAAAGGGCCCCCCGUGAAUGUGACCUGCAACAUCUUCAUCAACAGCUUCAGCUCCGUCACAGAAACCACAAUGGAUUACAGAGUGAAUGUCUUCCUUCGGCAGCAGUGGAAUGACCCACGCCUAGCCUACCUGGAAUACCCAGACGACUCCCUGGACCUAGACCCUUCCAUGCUGGACUCCAUUUGGAAGCCAGACUUAUUCUUUGCCAACGAGAAGGGUGCCAACUUCCAUGAGGUGACCACUGACAACAAGCUUCUUCGGAUCUUCAAGAAUGGGAGUGUGCUCUACAGUAUCAGGCUAACUCUUGUCUUGUCCUGCCCAAUGGACCUCAAGAACUUCCCUAUGGACAUCCAGACGUGCACGAUGCAGCUAGAAAGCUUUGGUUAUACUAUGAACGACCUUGUGUUUGAGUGGCUGGAAGAUGCCCCGGCUGUGCAAGUAGCUGAGGGGCUGACUCUGCCCCAGUUUAUCUUGCGGGAUGAAAAGGACCUCGGCUACUGCACCAAAUAUUACAACACAGGAAAGUUUACUUGCAUAGAGGUGAAGUUCCACUUGGAGCGCCAGAUGGGCUACUACCUGAUCCAAAUGUACAUCCCUAGUCUGCUCAUUGUCAUCCUGUCUUGGGUCUCCUUCUGGAUCAACAUGGACGCCGCCCCUGCCCGAGUGGGCUUGGGUAUCACGACGGUAUUGACGAUGACGACCCAGAGCUCAGGCUCCCGAGCGUCUUUACCUAAGGUGUCCUAUGUGAAGGCCAUCGAUAUCUGGAUGGCAGUCUGUCUGCUCUUUGUAUUUGCUGCCCUGCUGGAGUAUGCUGCUGUGAACUUCGUCUCCCGCCAACAUAAGGAGUUCAUGCGCCUUCGAAGGAGACAGAGGCGCCAGCGCAUGGAAGAAGAAGUCAUCCGAGAGAGUCGAUUCUAUUUCCGGGGCUAUGGCCUAGGCCACUGCCUGCAGGUCAGGGAUGGAGGUCCCAUGGAAGGCCCAGGUAUUUAUAGCACCCCACCCCCAGUUCCUCUCCUGAGGGAGGGGGAGACUGUGCGGAAGCACUAUGUGGACAGGGCCAAACGAAUCGAUACCAUCUCCCGUGCAAUCUUCCCUUUCACGUUCCUCAUCUUCAACAUCUUUUACUGGGUUGUCUACAAAGUUCUUCGAUCAGAGGACAUCCACCAAGCACCAUAAUGAGGGCGGGGCUGUCACCUUCCUUCAGCCUGCAUCAGAUCUCCCUCCAGAGUACCCAACUACCAACCUACCAGCUAUGUGGGUGUAUGCUGCUGUUGCUGCUGCAUGGUGACAAAAGUGGUUGUACUUCUAGAGAAGGCUAAUCUAUUCAAAUCCAACCAAACUCCAACCUCACUCAUCCUCUCCUGAAGUUAGGGUCUGCCGUUUUCCUGGGGCUAGCUAAUAAGGUCUUCUUUCUCUUCCAAAGGCUCAUCUUCCAACACUCCAUUAAGGGGGUACCCAGGUCCCUAAUGCUAAAAAUAGUAGGCUCUGUCAUCUCAUCCCAGUCCACCUUCACCUCAGCAUGGCCUUACAGGAAUGCUGUGCCCGCUUCCCUUAUCAGCUGAACAUGGGGCAUCCUACCCAUUCUAAAGCAUGGAAACUAACAGUGUGCCCAUCCAUACUUGCUGCCCUUCAUGGCCAGCCAUGUAUAUAUACUCAAAGGACCAGAGAGCCUCCAUUUGGGGCUAUAGAAGGAAGGGAAGCUGAUAGCCUUUCCACCACCCAUUUACCAGAGAGCAUGACUAAAAAGCCCUGUAAUGAACUAGGGGAAUCAGUUGCGAGAUUUUCACAAGCAUUAGAGAACCCAACACUGGGCAUGGAUGGGGGUGGUGCUCUAGACUUCUGGAAAAAUCUGAUCUUGACAACCCUGAUAGGCCUCAUCAUUUGACACUCCUGGAGUCUCCUAGCUCCAAGAACACUUACUCUGCUGUUCCUGAAGACCUUUAUCCCUUAAGAACUACCAUGGCAACAGUAGCUUUGGGUUGCCUAAAAAGAAACAAUAUUUUUUAAAGGAUCUGCUUGAUCUUACUCAGUGGCACUUGUAACUUUGCAUAGGAAACCAGGCCUGAGCCAAUGUGUGCUUGAAACCCUAGGAGUUGUGGGAAACAGAGACUGUCCUUGGGUAGUUUUAUGUUUGCUCUUUUUAUUCCAAACCCCAAACUCUUUGAUAUCCCAAAACUCUCCUCUCUUGUGCCUACAUCACCAAAAGAUGCACCUGGCCUCUGGGCUGCUGACUUCAUCUCCUGCUGUUGGUUAUGAGUUAAGACCUUGAGAUCACUCACUCCUUUUGGCAAAUAGUUCACAGCAACACUCCUGUCCUGGACAUCCAAAGUUCCAGAGCAGGAAUGGCAUGUAAUGGUUGCUAUGCUGUGCCGAUGGGAUCAUAUCAACCUGCAAGGGGUGGUGUCAUUGGUAGGAGCAUUUGGGGGUUCCCUAAUCUAGUGGCCAUGCUUCCUAUUCUCCACCUCCCAAAACACACACACACACACACACACACACACACACACACACACACACACACAGAGUGGCAGCUGAGAACAGUACCAGAGCUAGGAGGAUGAGGUAUAUAGUACACACUUCAGGGUUCUAUUUCUGCUGCCUUCCUAUCAGCCCACAUGGCAGCAUGGGUCCAGCACCUUGGAGUCUACAGCAUGUGCAAAACUGUGAGCUAGAAAGACUGAAUAUGAUAGAAAGUGCUGAGACACUAGCUGAAAGAGGUGAACUCAAUAAAUCUUCCUUGGCAUUUUUUGGGCAUAAUCAAUUGGGUUUUUUUGAAUGACACAUAUACCCUUUCUUUUACUACCAUGUUCAAAUUCCAGAGUCAAUAGACCCCAAAGUCAAUCCAGUGCUGUGCUUCCAUUCUCCCCUGGUCAAAUGAGGUUGUCUGUUUCUUCUCGUGUGGUGCUAUGGGGGCCUCUCUGCCAGCAUGGCAGCAACUCAUGGGGGACAGAGCUGUGGACUUGGUUGGAGUCUGGAAGACCUGAGUUUGAAUCCUACUAUACUAGCUCUGUGACUAUGGGCAAGUCACUCAGCUCCUCUUAGCCUCAGUUUCCCCAUCUGUAAAGUGGAGAUAAUAAUAAACCUUACCUUCCAAGCUGUU